GCUUUGCUUUCCUGGAAACCAGCCGUGCAGAGUCAGCCCAUUGGCUCAAACUGGGAGGUUUCGGGCCAAAAAACCCGUAGCACCGGGGAUGCCAAGACCGCUGCCGAGCGGUGAAAAUGGCAAGUGUGAAGGGCUUGGAGAUGCUGAUGAUCCCAAUGAGCCCGACAGAGAAGACUUCAAGCAGCUGAUCUCCCAGUUAGUGGCGGUUUAUGACAAAGUGAGGUUGGAGAAGGAUGCCAAGAUCAGUGAGUUGGCAGCGUUGAAGCUGGAAGUGUCGCAACUUCGCGGUGAUGGCAGCUCAGAGAUCCAGAAGGUGAUGCCACUUCGGCCUCCCAAGAAGGUUAGUAUACUUCAAGAAGACUCGCAUGAGCCUGAUCAAUCAUUUCAUGAGCCAAAUUCAGCUCCAGAUCCUCCUCCUUUUGCUUUGGCUGACAGAUUCUCGCAAGCCUCUGCUGCCGAAUCUGGUGAGGACACCAAGCUUGAGAUUCGGCCAACUUGGCUUGAGAAGCCCAAGAAUGCGGGCGCAGCUGCCAAGAGAGCAUCAACACUGGACUUGGAUGAACUUACUGAGUCCAGUGACGAAGGACCUCCAUGCUGCUGUCCCUUUCCAGUUUGUCAUCCUUCAGCAGGUUUGCGAGUCCUGUGGGAUAUUUGCGGCGCACUUCUCAUUGCAUAUGAUGCAGUGUACUUGCCUUUUGAUGCCGCAUUUCGACCCGCCCCCAGUGUCUUUACGGUCGGCAUGGAAUGGCUCACCAUGGUGUUUUGGACUCUGGACAUAGGAUUGGGCUUCACCACAGGCUAUGUGAGUAAGGGUGAAUUGAUCAUGAAUCCUUGGCGCAUUGCAUUUCAUUACAUCACCACUUGGUUUCUGAUUGAUGCCGCUGUGGUGAGCCUUGAUUGGUUCAGCACGUUGCAGUCUGAGACCUCCGAUGUGGGCGGCUUCGGCCGCAUCUUCCGAUCCCUCCGAACGGUUCGCAUGCUGCGCUUGCUGCGGCUUUGGAAAUUGAAGCGCAUCCUGGCCGAGAUGCAAGAUAUGAUCGACUCAGAGUAUGUGUACACUUUAGCCAGCUUGGGGAAGUUGAUGGGCUUCAUUCUGAUUACCAAUCAUUUGAUUGCAUGUGGCUGGUUCAGCAUUGGUCUUGCGAUGAAGGAGGCAGGAGAAGCUAGUUGGGUUGCAGACCACGACAUGAUCAACAAAGAUAUUAGCUGGCAAUACACCACCAGCUUGCACUGGACAUUGACCCAGUUUACCCCAGCUUCCAUGGAAGUGUUCCCCGCGAACGUGGCUGAGCGCACCAUGGCUGUGGUUGUUCUAAUCUUCUCCUUGGUGGCAUUCAGCUCCUUCCUGGCCAGCAUUUCGGCCUCUAUGACGGCCUUGAGAAACAUGAACCAAGAGACCACCAAGCAGUUCUGGAUUUUGCGGCGCUUCCUCAAGCAAGAGAAGGUAGCAAAGCCAGUAGCCGGAAAGGUCUUGAAGUACAUCGAACAUUCCCAUGCCCAGCAGACAGAUCGGAUACAGCUUCAGAAUGUGAAAUUGCUCUUCAUGCUUUCCUUGGGGCUGCGAGAGGAGCUUAAUUAUGAGCUGACAUAUGUGAAGAUGGUUCUUCAUCCCUUGAUUCAGAUCCUGGUGAAGGAACAGGAAGUCUUCAUGAUCAAGGUUUGCUCAGAUGGCACUUCUGCACGAACCCUUGCAGCGACUGAGGUGCUGUUCUAUACACAUGAAGUGGCCCAACAAAUGUAUUUCAUGGUGCAUGGCGAUUUGGCAUAUGUCCAAGCGAAUCACAACCUUCUUUCUCCAGCCCUGAGCAACGGUGAGGCUUUGUCUGAAGCAGCGCUAUGGGUACUUUGGACACAUACUGGGACCGCCCAUGCCCAGGUCAAGACAGAGAUGCUGGCCAUGGACUCCUUGACAUUUGCUCAGAUUGCAGCAAAGUACCUGCCCACUUGGAAAAUGUGUGCCAAAUUUGCAACCACCUUUCUAGAAGCCUUCAGAGAAGCCGGCCCCUCCGACGUAUUCCGGCAGCAGGACCUUUAUGAGGAUGCUGUUCAGUCGAUGUUCGAACGAGCAAGGAAUCGUUUGUCAUACUCAAGGGUUACGUCCUCACGUGCCACUAUGGUGCGAUGGUCCAUGCCAAGGAGGACGGUCGCACUACCCCAAGCAGAGGCCAUUCCUGAGGAAGACUCUGAAAGUGAACAAGAUGAAUCGAAGGAAACAGACUCGAAGGACAAUUGAAUGCAAAGAAGCGCCCGAAGCGCACCGUGCGACCGGACGUCAGUUCUGGUGAUUCUGGUCGCCCCAAAAAAGAUGGUGGCACACUAUGGGGCGCUUUUUGCCAAGGUGCUCGCAAGGAGAGUGGACAUGUAUUCACAGCCCAUACCCGAACCCCAAAAAACAUGUAUGUGUGUGUGUUUGGGUGCUGGUUCUCCCGUGCGUAAAUGUUUUUGAGACAGAACCUUCGAGCACAGCCGGCAUGGCUGACGUGUUUCACUUCCUCAAGCUAAGACCGUCCCAAAGGACAGUGUCGUG